AUGUCGAAAUCGGCGGUGGUGUAUAGAGGGGAGGAGAUGGUGGGGGACGUGGAGAUAUACGCGCAGCAAAGGGAAGGAGAAGUGGUGGUGGAUGGAGAGAACAAGAGCUUCAACUUGAGGAACAAGAACAGGGUAAUUGACGAGAUUCUGGUUGCCGGCAGGGAAAUCAGAAUAACCCACUUCUCCCCGGCGAGUGAGAGGUGUCCACCGCUGGCAGUGUUGCAUACCAUUACCUCGACUGGGAUACUAUUCAAAAUGCAGCCCAGGAAUCCGCCGCUGUUACAGCAGCAGCAGCAGCACACGCCGCUGCAUUUCUUGCACUCUGCACUUAUCCAAGACAACAAGACUGCAGUGAUGCGGGUAGGAGGGGAUGAGCUCCAUUUGGUUGCAAUGCAUUCCCGGACUAGUGAAAGACCAUGUUUCUGGGGAUUCCUUGUUGCAGCAGGACUAUAUGACUCUUCUCUUGUCAUGCUGAACUUGAGAUGCCUUGGCAUUGUAUUUGAUCUUGAUGAAACUCUUAUCGUUGCAAACACAAUGAGGUCAUUUGAAGAUAGAAUUGAUGGUUUGCAGAGGAAAAUAAGCACCGAGGCAGACCCACAGCGGGUUUCAGGUAUGCUGGCUGAAGUGAAACGUUAUCAAGAUGACAAGAAUAUAUUGAAGCAAUAUGCCGAUAAUGAUCUGGUUACUGAUAAUGGGAAGGUGUUGAGAGCUCAAUAUGAGAAUGUCCCUCCACUGUCCGAUAGCCAUCAGCCUAUAGUGCGUCCGUUGAUUCGGUUACCAGACAAGAACAUUAUUCUGACUCGCAUUAAUCCACAGAUUCGCGAUACAAGUGUUCUUGUGAGGUUGAGGCCUGCAUGGGAGGAUCUGCGAAGUUACUUGACUGCUAGAGGUCGCAAGCGUUUUGAAGUUUAUGUCUGCACAAUGGCUGAAAGAGAUUAUGCUUUAGAAAUGUGGAGGCUACUUGAUCCAGAGUCAAAUUUAAUAAACUCGAAAGAACUUUUGGACCGCAUUGUGUGUGUUAAGGCUGGUCUAAGGAAAUCAUUGUUCAAUGUCUUCCAAGAUGGAACCUGCCAUCCUAAGAUGUCAUUGGUGAUUGAUGAUCGUUUGAAAGUUUGGGAUGAUAAAGAUCAACCUCGGGUGCACGUUGUUCCUGCAUUUGCUCCAUAUUAUGCUCCCCAAGCUGAAGCAAAUAAUGCAAUUCCAGUUUUAUGUGUUGCAAGAAAUGUUGCAUGCAACGUUAGAGGUGGUUUUUUCAAAGAUUUUGAUGAGGGUCUUCUGCAAAAAAUGCCCGAGAUUUCAUAUGAAGACAAUAUUUCAGAUAUUCCUUCUCCUCCUGAUGUGAGCAACUACUUGGUUUCAGAGGAUGAUCCCUCAGCUUCAAGUGGAAACAGAGAUCCGCUUUCUUUUGAUGGCAUGGCAGAUGCUGAAGUUGAACGACGACUAAAGGAAGCAGCUUCAACUUCUUCAGUCUUACCUCCAGCAGUCCCCACUCUGGAUCCAAUGCUUGUAUCAUCUCUUUACACGAUGGUGUCUUCUUCACGAUCAAUUCCACUGCCAACGACACAGCCAUCUGUCGUCCCAUUUCCUAAUGCACAGUUUGCGCAGGCACCUUCAUUAGUUAAACCUUUAGGUAAGGUUGGUCCAGCAGAUCCAAGCUUUUCUAGUUCUCCUGCUAGAGAAGAAGGCGAGGUUCCAGAAUCUGAGCUAGAUCCUGAUACGAGAAGGAGACUACUCAUAUUGCAACAUGGGCAAGAUUCGAGAGACCUGCCUCCUGUUGAGCCUCCAUUCCCGGGGAGACCUCAGGUACAAGUUCCAGCACCACGUGUGCAAUCUCGUGGAAGUUGGGUUCCUGCAGAGGAAGAGAUGAGCCCUAGACAGCUGAACAGACCAGUACCUAGAGAAUUCCCGCCAGAGCCUGAGCCAAUGCAUCUUGAAAAGCACCGACCUCAUCAUCCCUCUUUUUUCCCUAAGGCUGAUACUUAUAUUCCACCUGAUAGAAUGGUUCAUGACAAUCAAAGAAUGCCAAAAGAGGUACCUUACAGAGACGACAGGCCAAGGUUAGGACAGACCUUGUCAAAUUACCAGUCUUUCCCAGGUGAGGCUAUGCCAUUGAGUCGUUCAUCUAGCAACAGGGACCUUGACUUUGAUAUGGAAAGACCUGUUUCAACUGCAGAAUCUCCCGUGAGAGUGUUGCAGGAUAUUGCAAUGAAGUGUGGUACUAAGGUGGAUUUCAGGCAUUCUUUGGUUGCUAGCAGGGAUUUACGGUUCUCAAUUGAGGUUUGGUUUGCUGGAGAUAAAGUUGGUGAAGGUAUUGGCAGGACUAGAAGGGAAGCCCAACGUGAGGCAGCUGUUGGUUCUCUGAAGGCUCUUGCUAGCAUGUACACUUCACGUUCAUUGCCAGAUUCUGUAUCUUUGCUUGGAGAUACAAUGAGAUAUUCUGGUGUCAAUGACAAUGGUUUCUCUGGUAAUGUCGGUUCAUUUGGGGAUGAACCAGCUCCAAAGCAAGAUAUGGUAUCGUUUCCUCCCCUGGAUCCAAGGUUUGAAGGCUCAAAGAGAUUCGCGGGUUCAGUUACUGCCCUCAAAGAUUUUUGCAUGAUGGAAGGCCUUGGGAUGAGAUUUCUCCCAGAGACUCCGAUGUCAGUUAAUUCAGACGAAGUCUAUGCACAGGUUGAAGUUGAUGGACAGCUUAUGGGAAAGGGAAUUGGAUCUACGUGGGAUGAAGCUAGAAUGCAGGCUGCUGACAAGGCCCUUGGAAGUCUAAGAACAAUGUUUGGUCAAUCGACACCGAAGCGUCAGGUCUCCCCUAGGUCUGUGCAAGGUAUGUCAAACAAACGUAUGAAGCCAGAUUUUUCGCGAAUGAUGCAGCAGCGGAUGCCCUCGUCUGCUAGAUACCCAAAGAAUGCCCCUGCUGUCCCUUGA